UGACCCUGUUCAAACACAAACAAAAGAGAGACAGUUGAACACUUGAAGUAGAAGCAAGUAGUAGCAACACGAAGCUGACAUCUACUUUCUAAAUUAUCCAAAGAUUCAUUUGAAGCUACUCACUUUCACCCUCAAACCCCAGAUCCAAGGAACCUUACAUUUCAAGUGAUUCAAGAUAGUGAGAUACAUUCAGCCAUAUUAGUAUGUUACAUUUUUAGAAAUCUGAUUUAUGAAACUUCGAAGCAAAUAGGGAAUUAAUGAACUAUGAAGAAGUGGACCGGGGGUGUAUUAAUCAUAGGACUUGCUUGUAUAUUACUUGUUAGUUAUAGCUUUAUUCAAAAGCAACCACAAAAGCAAUCUACAUAUGAAUUCUUUCACCCAAAUGAAAAAAUCACCAAUCUUAACAGCUCCAUACAAACAAGAGAUGAAAAGUUACAAACUUCUUUUAGAAGACCGCACCUAGUUAAUGUUGACGGACUUAAUUAUUUAUUUAACUCGACUCACUUGCCUAAAGAAGAGGAAGGAAAGCCGUUUUUGGCAUGGGGGCAAAUGCGGCUUCUACUCUCUAGAUCAGAUUCUUUACCGGAAACAGCUCAAGGAAUUAAAGAAGCAGCUGUUGCAUGGAAAGAAUUAAAGUCCGAAAUUGAUGAAAAACGAGCCUCUAAGUUUGUUCAUAAAGAUGAAAGAAAUUGUAGUUAUUCGGUUAGUGCAGUUAAUAGUAGUACUUUGUUUUCUACCAAUGGCUCAGUUAUUCUUGAGAUACCUUGUGGCCUAGUUGGAGAUUCUUCCAUUACGAUCAUUGCUAUUCCUGAUGGGAAUCAAGAUGGGUUUGGGAUCGAAUUUGUGGGGUCAGAAGGGAAAGAUGAUCCUGACCCACCCGUGAUUUUGCAGUACAAUGUGGUUUUACCAAGAGAUAACUUCACAAAAGAGCCAGUUAUUGUUCAAAAUGCAUGGACCGAUGGAUCUGGAUGGGGUAAAGAGGAAAGAUGUCCCAAUCAUGGGUCUCCAAACAACGCACUAGUUGAUGGGCUUGUAAAGUGUAACGUGGAACUUACCAGAAGUUCAAUGGAAGAAAGCUCAAAAUCUAAACAUCUUAGUGCUAACAAAUCAACCAAUGGUUCAGAUUUAAAUGACCAUAAUCAUGUGAGUUCCAACUUCCCUUUUUUGGAUGGCAGUUUGUUUGCUGCCACGAUUUGGGUAGGUGAAGAGGGCUUUCACGCCACUAUAAAUGGAAGGCAUGAAACUUCUUUCACGUAUAGAGAGAAACUUGAACCAUGGUUGGUAAGCAGGAUUAGAAUGAAAGGUGGUUUGCAUAUCAUAUCUGCAUUGGCUAAAGGCUUACCUGUGUCUGAAGAUCUUGACAUGACUAUGGAUCUUGAUGACCUUAAAGCUCCAGUGAUACCUAACAAAAGCAAGAGGCUUGUACUAUUGAUUGGGGUUUUCUCUUCGGGAAAUAAUUUUGAGCGCCGUAUGGCGUUGAGGAGAUCUUGGAUGAAAUAUGAGGCUGUUCGUGCUGGGGUGGUUGCUGUUCGUUUUUUCAUCGGUCUUCACAAGAACAAGCAAGUCAAUUUUGAGUUGUGGAGAGAAGCUCAAGCUUAUCAAGAUGUUCAGUUGAUGCCCUUUGUUGAUUAUUACAGUCUGCUGACUUUAAAAACAAUAGCAAUUUGCAUUAUGGGGACGAAAAUCUUGCCGGCAAAAUACAUAAUGAAGACGGACGAUGAUGCUUUUGUGAGAGUGGAUGAAAUUCUUGCUAGUCUCAAGACAAAGAAUCCCGACGGGCUUUUGUAUGGUAUGGUAUCCCUUGAUUCUAAACCACAAAGGGACAAAGAUAACAAAUGGUAUAUUAGUACUGAGGAAUGGCCACAUGAUUCAUACCCACCAUGGGCACACGGUCCAGGCUACGUGAUUUCCAGAGAUAUAGCUAAGUUUAUCGUCCGAGGCCACCAUGAAAGAAACCUGAAGCUUUUCAAACUAGAGGAUGUCGCUAUGGGUAUUUGGAUCGAACAGUUCAAGAAACAUGUUCGUGAAGUCCAGUACCAUAAUGAUGAACGGUUUCACAACGCAGGGUGUGAGCCGAAUUACAUACUUGCCCAUUACCAGAAUCCGAGAAUGGUUUUGUGUUUGUGGGAGAAGUUACAGAACGAACACAAGCCUGACUGCUGUGAUUGACUUAUGUAAACACACAUUGUGUACAAUUUUGUUGUAGCAUUUCAAUAUGACAAUUUCAUUAUGUCAUUGCUGUUAAAUAACGUGUUGUUGUAUUCAUUUUUAUGUUGUGCAUUACGCAUGAGCGGUAGUACAUCUAACAAUCAUGUUGACUCGUGUCAGUUUUCAUGUUUCAUAUCACCUUUGUUGUUAAUA